AUGCUCCGCCUCCUCCGCCGCCUGCCCACAACUCGCGCCCAAGCCCACCGCCUCUACCAGCGUCUCCGCCAGCUCCUCAUCUACCACACCCGCCACCUCCGCUAUCUCCUCCCCUUCCCCUCCCCCUCCCGCUCCCGCUCCAAGCUGCUCACCCGCCGAAUGGCCCCCGUGCUCCCCCCCGCGCGCCUCGACGCCCGCCCAGACCCCCGCAUAAUCCUCUACCACCAGACGCACUACAUCGACGGCAAGACCUACGUCUCGCUCCUCCCGCUGCUCAAGACCCCCACCCGCCGCAUAACACACCUCAUCCUCGCCGCCGUGCACCUCAACGCCCUCCCCGGCGAGAUCACGCUCAACGACCACCCCUUCUCGCACCCGUCCUUCGACCCCCUCUGGGACGAGGUCAUAAUCCUCAAGGACGAGGGCAUCAAGGUCAUGUUCAUGCUCGGCGGCGCCGCCCAGGGCACGUUCGCGCGCCUCGACACCCCCGACGCCGCCACAUUCGAGGCAUACUACGCCCCGCUGAAGGAGCUGAUCGAGAUCUAUGCGCCCCACGGCAUCGACCUCGACGUCGAGGAGCCCAUGUCGCUGACGGGCAUCGUGCGCCUGAUCGACCGCCUCAAGGCCGAUUUCGGCGCGGACUUCAUCAUCACGCUGGCGCCGGUCGCCGCCGCGCUGCAGGGCGGCGGGAACAUCAGCGGCUUCUCGUAUGAGGCGCUGGAGGCGGCGCGCGGGGCCAGCGUGAGCUGGUAUAAUACGCAGUUCUACUGCGGGUGGGGGUCGCUGGAGGAUACGCGCGGGUAUGAGGCGGUGGUGAGGAGGGGCUGGCCGCCCGAGAAGGUGGUGGCGGGGAUUGUGACGAAUGGGUGCAAUGGCGCGGGGUGGGUGGGCAUGGAGACGCUGCAGACCGUGCUGAUGGAGCUGGUGGAGUUGUUUCCGGGCUUUGGGGGCGUGAUGGGGUGGGAGUAUUUUAAUAGCUUGCCGGGGGGUGUGGGGAAGCCGUGGGAGUGGGCGGAGAACGUGGGGAUGGCGGUGGAGUGCGGGGUGGCGCUGGCAGAUGCGCUGGCAGAGGCGGCGAGAUAG